AUGUCCAAACACCUCUACAAACAGUACGUUCGGAUAGCGGCGAAAUGGCCACGAGACGCGAAUAAGGCACCGGAGAGAGACUUUGCCAACUUCCUCACCAAAGAAAUCGAGCGUCAAUUCCAACCCGGCCAGCCAUUCUCCACCGCAGUUUGCGAAAAACGACUGGCAGCGCUGGACCAACUACUAAACAACGAAGUCAUGAACAAACAUCCGAAUUCGUAUACAUCUGGAGUUUUUGGAAUGCGUUUGGCCGAUCUUCAAGCGGCGUCGUCGGAGGAGAAUCGAAAACAAAUGGGACUGAAACCAAAGGAAUCGAUUUUUAAGAAAAUUUAUCGAGCUGUCGUGCCGGAGAAGAAGACUUAA